CGUAAACCAAACACGGAAGUAGUAAUGCAGCGAGCUGAUGUUAACUAACCAGUUUAUUUAUCGCACUUCAAAGCAUUGUAGCUAGUUCCAUACAGCUAAUAUCACCAGAUAUAACUUAUGAUACGGUUAUGUAAAUGUAAAUGUUAUGGUAACGUUGAGUAUUAUUCACUGGCUGGACGAGUUAAAGUAUGGAAUUAUGAAACGCAGGAUUUCCGCCUCUGCCAGUUUAGGAGCUACAAUACUAGCCAGUUGUAGCAGCGCGCUAUCGUUAGAUAACAUUUCUCCCUCACAGCACAGCAAGAGACCGGAAUAACUCUGGCACAACAGCAUAUUCUUUGAGAUAUUUGAAGCCCAUUCACAAUGCAUGAGUUUGAUGAACGCCAACAGUCAAAAUGGCGGAGUCCUGGCUGUAACCAUGGUGACCAGAGCAGCAGACUCCAGGGUCCCGAGAUGGUCCAUAGAUUUGACAUUGUAUUCAAAGAGGAGCCAGAAGAUGAUGAUCAUGCACCUUGUGGUCAGAGUAAUACUGGAAUGAGUCCUGCCUCCAGCCACCGCAGUGAGGAGACGACCUCUACAUCAGGAGAACCUGAGCAACACCAGGAGAACCACGACACAGCCACGACGUCGCACCGCUGCUUUGGCUGUGGACAAGAGUUCCCUGCUGCCUACGACCUCCUGUUACACCAGAGGACACACACAGAGAGAGGCUUCUACAAGUCUGUCUGUGGAGAGCUGUUCUACCAGAAAGAGUUACGCAAAACACACCAUCAGAACGUUGACACAGGAAUACCUGGACAACACCGGAAGAAUCCCAGAGCUAAGAAGUCUCACGACUGUGUAGUGUGUGGAAAACAACUAUCGGAAGCAAUGAAGCUGAAGAGGCACAUGAGAACACACACAGGAGAGAAACCUCACGGCUGCUCUGUGUGCGGCAGAGGAUUCACGCAGAAAGGAAAUCUGAAAACACACAUGAAAACACACAGAGGGCUGAACCCCAAAUUGUGGUCCGCUGGAGAGGACAGUCCCUCUACAUCAGGAGAACCUGAACAACACCAGAAGAACCACACAGCUAAGACAUUUCAGAAUUGCAUAGAAUGUGGGGAGAUGUGCCAAACUCUACCAGCACUAAAAAAACACAUGAAAACUCACACCAGUAAGAAGCCGUCUCACCAAUGCUCCCUUUGCGGGGUGGAAUUCACUGAGAAAGGGCAAAUCCAAGACCACCAGUUACAGCAUGUUGGAGAGAAGCCGUACUCCUGCCCUGACUGUGGGAAAUGUUUCGUCAAUGAAAGCUACAUUAAAAUUCACCAGCGAACACACACUGGAGAGAGACCCUACAGCUGCCUUGUGUGUGGAAAGAGUUUCGUGAAAAAAGCAUACUUAAAAAGUCAUGUACUGACACACACUGGAGAGAAACCGUACCUUUGCUCCAUCUGUGGGAAGACAUACAGUAGAGAAGGAACUUUCAAAAUCCACCAGAGAGUUCACACAGGAGAGAAACCGUACCUGUGCACUGAAUGUGGGAAGCGUUUCAGCUGUAGAGCAAACCUUUAUUCGCACAACAAGAGACACGCUGGCAAACCCAUAGGACCUAAACGUCAGUUGGGCAGACCGAAGCAACUGCCAAACUGACAAUGGGACAGGACAAAUUAACUUGUGUAGUGUCUCUCCUGAUCACCAACAAAAUAAUUAUGUUCCGUCUUGAUGAUAGUAAGUUCCAUCUUGGGGCGGCAGCGUAGCCUAGUGGUUAGAGCGUUGGACUAGUAACUGGAAUGUUGCAAGUUCAAACCCCCCGAGCUGACAAGGUACAAAUCUGUCGUUCUGCCCCCUGAACAGGCAGUUAACCUCGGCUGUCAUUGAAUAUAAGAAUUUGUUCUUAACUGACUUGCCGAGUUAAAUAAAGGUAAAAUAAAAAAAUAAAAAAUGAUGCAUUUCUCAUAACCGGACAUAAACAAUGAAUAUGAAGCAUCUGUGGAUGUCUGAAAGACUGAAGAUAGGUAAGCACUGGCCAUGAGGCCGACCCAGGAAACUGCCAUGAGGCCGACCCAGGAAACUGCCAUGGGGAAAGCCUCCAUCCGUCAGCUCCCAUCCGUCAGCCUCCAUCCGUCAGCCUCCAUCCGUCAGCCUCCAUCCGUCAGCCAUGAGGCAGACCCAGGAAACUGCCAUGGGGAAAGCCUCCAUCCGUCAGCCUCCAUCCGUCAGCCAUGAGGCAGACCCAGGAAACUGACAUGGGGGAAAGCCUCCAUCCGUCAGCUCCCAUUCCGUCAGCCUCCAUCAGUCAGCCUCCAUCCGUCAGCCUCCAUCCGUCAGCUCCCAUUCCGUCAGCCUCCAUCCGUCAGCCUCCAUCCGUGCAGAUUUGUAUGUUUUUUGGAGGGUUCAAACUUGUAUGUGCUGAUAUUGAGUUUUUACCUGCCAAGUUUUAUUGACAUGUAGCUGUUAUGAAAGUUGUCCAUUUGUUUUGGUAUUUAAACACCACUUUAAACGUGUACAUGACACUGCAACUACAUUUCCCCAUGUAGUAAUAACAGAGUGGCGAGGAGGAGCUCCACCUACAUAACAGAGUGGAGGAGCUCCACCUACAUGUAGUAAUAACAGAGUGGUGAGGAGGAGCUCCACCUACAUGUAGUAAUAACAGAGUGGAGGAGCUCCACCUACAUGUAGUAAUAACAGAGUGGAGGAGCUCCACCUACAUGUAGUAAUAACAGAGUGGAGGAGCUCCACCUACAUGUAGUAAUAACAGAGUGGAGGAGCUCCACCUACAUGUAGUAAUAACAGAGUGGCGAGGAGGAGCUCCACCUACAUGUAGUAAUAACAGAGUGGCGAGCAGGAGCUCCACCUACAUGUAGUAA